CUUACGCAUAUUUAAAAUGAGUUCUACUUGGUCUAGUGUGGGUUUUUUAUUUCUGCUUCCAUACUUUUUUAUAAGUACUCCUCACAUUUCCAACAAAUCCAAGCCAAUUUAUCUCAAAUUACUUGUUUGUGUGUACAAUAAUCUAUAUUGAAGAUAAUUGUUCUGCUGGCAGUGAAAAUAAACUGCGAACCAACUGCAAUGCCUUAGGCUUAAAGACUAAAUUUGUAUAUAAGGUGUUUCAGAGAUGUCGGAAUCUUCUCAUGCUCAGGAAGGCUUGGUUAACCUAUUCUGUUCUCAGUUAUAUUAACCAAUUAUAUAUUGCCGGUUGACAACACAUUGAUAAUAAAUGUAUUUCUUUAGCUGUGUUGAUUAAGACUGCCUUCGGUGGCAAUAUUCUCAUAGUAACCAAUAACCAAGUACUGUGAAAUUUAGUGUUAGUCCAAAGACCGAAUUCCACGCGUUCCAAACACUGCUUAUUGUAUCCUACAAAUUUCUUGUUAAGGACUGUGUCUUUAACCAAUCCCAGCUCUUUAGCAGCUUCAAGUUUUCUAAAUAUAGCUUCUUAUAUUCAAUAUUAAUAAAGACGUUUUGAGAGUAAACAUGUGCUUCUCGCAAACCACCUGUAUUGGUGGGUUAACCUUUGUAAUGUUGUACAACAAUUGUUCACUCGACCAUAUUUACUGUUAUUUUGUUAGUAAAAUGUACUAUCAGUCUUUUUUUAAUUCGAAUAAUGAACCAUUGUUAGGUUAAUGUUCCACUUCGAUGUCUUUCAUUAAGACACUGGUACAAUAUUUUUAAACUAAUAGUCAGUUUAAAUUUGUCUGCAUACCCUAAGUAUCGUAUGAAAGACCAGAAGAUAAUCGUUUCUCUCUUUUUGAAGAACAUAACUUUCGAAAAAAGCUCCCCUAACAUCAGUAUAACAAAAAACGGGCUGUGAUUUUUUAAGUUAGCUAUGUAAAUCUAUUUGUUCGUAAAAAAGUACUUCGUUGAUAACUGAGGUGUGUUAUGCAUGAAGACUUACAUAAUUUAGAAUUCAGUAUUGCACCUGAUUACCAUUUAGUCAAUUAUUGAUAUCAAAACUGCACUAAAAUACAUAUGCGCCACAAAUCGUUGAAUUAGUGCAGGCUCUUCCUACUCUUGGCCGCACAAGGGCAUUUGGCGUUAAGUGACAAACAAUUUCUUUGGUGAAUAUUCUUGCCUGUAUUCAGGUAACCUGUCUUGAUACUGUCGUAAGCAUUGACCCGUAUUAUUAUUUUGCUUAUCAGUUGUUUGUUUGUUCGGUUUUUAUAAAGGCGACUAAAUUUUCCUAUCAAGGUCCAUUAAGUAUUAGAAAACAACGUUAUUCACCAACAUUUUAGCUCUUAAUAUGAAUUUCUACUUUUAUCAUAAUUUUUUGGUUUCUGUAUUAGAUUUACGCGUUAUUUGUAUACCUUCGUGUUCGUGUUAGUUGUGGAAAUUUUGAAUGUAUCCUGUUGUUCUAGCGAACUUAUCCUAACCUCUACAAUUUUUACUUCAAUUUCAAAUGAUCCUUGACAAUUCUGACGUUAAUCUCAUUCAGUAGACUUAAUUUUUCUGUCUUUUAGUUCACAAAACAAAUCCGAAAAUACUUAUCAGACAGUGAUGAACAAAUUGUUAAAAUACUGAGAAGAAAAUUUCUCCAGACAAGCUACGAAUUUCAGAAAACUGAGGUAUCUAAACCCAUACUCGACAAAUGCAUUGCGGAGAUAGCAUUCAAUCCAGAUAGAAUCUAUGUUAUUUUGAAUGACUUAAAAACAACCUUUAAGCUGCAUACAUCGAAAAUUGACAAAAAGUCCCAACAGGUUAUUACCAAACGACGUCUGGACUUCAAGACAAUAAGUCAGGAUGUUGGAAGUUCGCAUAUUAAACCAAAUAAUUCCCCCAAUCAUUGUACGGAUGACGAAGUUUCACAUAAAAAUUCAUCCCCAGUGUCAAGUUGUUCCGGUGAUGACGAUGUGAUCAUCGUUGACUCACCGGGUUCUCCAAAUGUUAUCAAACCGCCGUCAAACCCUAUCCAGUCUUCAUUUGGUUGUUUAAAGAGUUCGACAUCUGAAAAUAAAGAUCAGAAAAAGUGUGUUGACAGUAAUAAUGAAGAUCAGGGAGAGGAGUGUAUUGAUCGAAAUAAUGAGGAUUUUGGUGAUAUUCAGAACGAUAAGAGAUGUAGGAUAAUUGGUCGUUUAGAGUGUCUUAUGACACGUCUCUCUCAAGCUAUUCGAGAAUUGGAAGAAAAAGAACUUGAUUUUAAUGAAUUGGAUUCGUCCAAUUCACCGUACCUUAAACUAGAUGCUUUAAAACGUCAAUAUUUGAAAGUAUGGCGUCGACAUUGUGAACUACGUAAUGUUGCUCGAAAAUCUGGACGGAUAUUACGUCAAAGAUUUAUAUAUAAUGGAAGCCAAUAUCCAAAAGUAAACGAAAAAAUUGAAGAGAUCGUUAAUCAGAAAAGACUGUUUCCUGAUUGGACUGAUAUUUAUCGAAUAGUUACUUCAGUGAAUAAGGAAGAACACUUGAAUUUGACGGGAUCAACUGUCAAAUCUUUAGCGCGUGAAAUCUUUAUUGAUGUUGGUCAUUCAUUAAAACAACGACGUCAAGAUGAUUUAAGACACGAUUUCGGAUGUCAUCUGACAGAUGACUUAUGGUAUGCUUUGUGAUGCUUUAAGUUUCCAUUUAUAAAUCUGAAUUAUUUCAACUCUUAUACCUCAUGUGCUGAAGUUUUGUCCAAAGAUCUAAACAUACAUAAUUUUUUCUGGCAAGUCUGUAGAUGCGCUUUUAAAUAUCAAAACAGCCUUCGAUCUGUUAAACAGGACUGUACUAUGGGAUCGUCUUUUGAAUAAGUGUGAUUUCACUUCCAGCUCACACCGUAGGAACCUAUGCCGGGACUCACUCUUUGUGUUGACUGAAAGUUUUUAUAUCUACGCAGUUGUAUGGAGACUGUCGGUGUCAUGAGUAAUGAGAUAAAUCUACGUAUAGUGAAAAUCAGAUCGGCAUGUGCCAAUCUAGGCCAUCCUUAACGCUGUCAUGAUGUUAGUCUGACUGUGAAAGGUCAGUUCUACAAUGCGUCGAUGGAGACAGCUUUGGUCUAUACUUGUGUAACCCUGGCUUUUAUGAGUUGAGGAUGUUGGGAGACUACCUCCGUCCGAUCACCAUUGUCUCUGAAAGAUUGCUAACCUUCAGUGGUAGCAUCGUGUUAUUAAUGGUGUGUUCUGGGAUAGCGAUGAUAAUUCAGUUGGUGCCACUAACUUGAAAAACGUGCUUCGAUGGGUUGUGUGUAUGUGACGAAUUUCAUCCCAGAGACUUCCACAUUAUGCUUUAAUUAUCGAUGUUUGGAGUGGUUGGUAGAUGCGGAGAUGUGGUCGGUGUGUGGGAAUAUGCUGUUAUUGAGAGGAAACUGUAUUAGACUGAUAUCUGUCAGUCCACCACGACUUCCUUUCGGGGUUCUAGGCAUCGUGGAGUUCAGUGGCGUAACACUAUCAGAUAUGGGUGUUUAAUCCAACGACAUUUACUCAGUUUUUGUGUUAUUCUCAAGAAACUUGUCAAUAUAUUUGUACGCUUAAUUAGUUUCCUCUGAUGUGAGGCAUAUAAUAAUGGCAAUCCAAUCUAGAUUUAACUUUUCUUUUUGAUGAAGUAACCACGGCGAAGAAACUAGAGAAAUUUGUUGUUGUCAUAUAACUUUUUCUUAUUUAUUGCCACUUUUCUUAUUUGUGUAACUUACUAAAUUAAUCAUUAUUUUACUCUAAUGUAUAUUGUUGUGACAAGCGGUGCUACGCUCUAACCCCCCCCCAACUGACUACUUGAGCGAGAACACAAGAGUUAGUGCAAAAGUGUAUUGUACUACCAAAUAAAAUGCACAAAUACUCAUAUAUAUAUAUAUAUAUAUAUAUAUAUAUAUAUAUAUAUAUAUAUAUAUAUAUAUAUAUAUAUAUAUAUAUAUAUAUAUAUACCACUCUAACCCUUAGGAAAUCAGUCCAUUUCUUAGCCAAUUAAAGGCACUUGUUCUUUAGGUCACUUCCGAUUGCCAUCGAUCAACCUUCUCAUUACUCUACUUCUGAUUGGCUCUCCAUAUCAUAUAUUAUUUGUGUUUUCUUAUUCUUUGUUUUAUAAACUAAGUGAUGAUGAUGAUCCAACUUAUUCUAGUCGAGAUUUACGAAGAAAGCUAACUGAAAAUAAACGUAUUGGUGAUAACAAUCUAAACAAGGUAUUCAAACAUUAUAUUGAUAUUCAGCAUACCAUUCAAACUGUUCAACAAAUUAUACAAGAACCUGAAGAUAACAAUAAAGUUGAGCAUGAUGUUAAUCGUCAGUCUGAUAUGAUGAAUUCUAAUGGGAAAGUUUCCGUUCCUAAUCCGGUUUGUUUUGCAACGAACACUCAACAGUGUGAAAAUGAUAAACUUCCUAGUUCACCAGCAACAUCUGAUGAAGUGUUAACUUUAAGUUCAGAUUCCGAUGAAAAUGAGGAGACGAAACCUCAUGAUAUUACUUCAGGUUCCGUAAGUUCAUCAAUGUCAGGUUAUGAUGAAUCCACUCCUACUAACGAUGUAUCACAGGAAUCUUCUGUUAAAAAUGAUAGACGUGAUGAAAAAAUCAAAGAUAAUAUCGAUGCUUCAAACACUUCUUUGUCUGUCCCCGUAACAUGCUCUUCAACGACGUUACCAACAACAACAAUCGAUCUACUUGAUGAUGACAUUUCAUCGACAGAUUGUUUUACUUCAACACCUCGAGAAAAAAGACCAAGGCUGGAUCACUCUUGUCAUUCAACUGAUCCUUCUAUCACGCAUAAUAAUCGAUUUCCUUUUUCCACACCACUACUUCAAGAAACUAGACAAUCUAGCCAAGUUUUAACAGUGGCCACACGAUAUGGUCCAUAUGGAUGUGAUACAUUCAGUCAAAUGGCCAGUGCACAUGUUGUACACCGUUAUCCUGUAACUACUACUACUACUAAUAAUAAUACUACACUAAUUACAAAUAAAAUACUCGAAGAAUCUAGUCGACAUUUUGUUAAUAAUUCAUAUAAAUGUUCAUCAAUAGUACAUGUAAAUUCUUGUUCAUCUACUUUUAAACCUUUAGCAACAUUGUGUAAUAAUAAAUCUUCAAGUAUUUCACAUCCUACAACUACUCAAUAUCAUCUGCCUAAUUCAGAUUCUUUAAAUAAUACCAAUGAUGUUACAACAUCAUGUAAAAAUUCGCCUAGAGUUUAUGAUCACGAAACUAUUGAAAUUGAUUAAAAAAAUUGUUCAGAUUCCCUUUCCUCUUAUUUCAUUUUGUACUUACAAAUGUAUUUAUGGUUGAAUUUCUUUCCUUUGUGUCUAUUCAUAAAUAUUAAAGUGGAUAUAGAGUGGCUCGUUUACCUCGAACCAUUUUAUUCCUCAGAAGUAUGAUGUUUUCUUUCAAACCACUUUAUCGGUAAACAUAAAUUUGUUUGUUUUAUUUUAAACAUAGUUUAUUGCUUUUCCUAAUUAGUAGAAAAUGUUUCAUCUUCAAAAUAAAACCAUUAUUAUCGACCCUAACUAGUUUCUAGACAUGAAGUAGAAGCUGGGUUCAUUAUUAAAUUGCUUGAUUGUAAAGUAAUGAUCUUAAACGUAAAAAACGGCGAAGUUUGGGUACAACGAUUCUCGUCCAUCGUGACCAAUUACAAAACAGUUUAUAUUGUAUGGUGCUUUUAUUGAGUCACUAAGUGGUAUACUGCAAGUCCAAAUGAGUUUCAAUAUAUCUGGUUUUUGUGGUCAUUUCUAAACAAGAUACGAUUUGAUACAAGUUUCUACAGUUCACAUCAGCAUAGAGAAUGGACGUCGGAGGGCUAACACCAAUUUUAGUAGAAAAAGAAAAUUAAGAAAUAUGGAACAAAGGAACGGAUGAUAUCUACGGUUGAAAUGGCAGUAAAAUAUUUAAAUAAAUAUGGAGAAUGAAAACAAUUGCGAUCUUCUAUGGAAUGUCAUUCAAGGUCUUUUAUCAUAGAUCAGGGUCCAAGUCCAUGUUUAUCGUGAUACAACUGAGACUAACAGUCGGUGGUACGUACUGAUGUCAUCUGUUAAUUUAUCAAACUAGGCCUGUUUCUAUCUACGCUUAUGCUAACUGGUAUAUUUUUAUACAACUGGUUUCUUAUUGGCUAUAAACGUAGUCUAUCCAUAAUUUAUGAUUCAAUGAUGUAUACUUUAGGAUAUUCAAAACGCACUUCAUAUUCUCUUGUUUCGUCCGGUCUGGUUGAUAAACGUGUGACCUGUUGAGUUAAUUGACUACUAAAAACAAUUGAUACCAACGCAACUAGUGUUUGGCUUUUUAGAUUUCUUGGAUGGAAUUAAAUUUAACUAUGUUCCGAUAAUUAGCAUGAGGAUUUAUGUGUUACAAGGUCGACUUUAUGUAGAACACUAACCCACUAGGACUUUUCAGUGUACUGACCUAUAAAACCAGUAAACUUUGGACAGCAGUUUCCUUCUAGUAUAGAAAUUUCUAUCAAAUUGAUUGAGGUCGGAAACGUAAACAUGGUGUACUAACUCAGAGUGGUCCAAAGGUUGGGCACUCUCAUCGGAGACAGGGUCGUGCGUUCAACCUCCGUUGAGGUCGUAGAUAUGCACAUAUUAACAGACAAUUGUCGAAUGCUCCCUGGUUUUCAAUGAUUGUUUAAGUAAGGUCAAUACGUGAUGUAACCCACAGGAAAGAUGAGUGAAUCGAUUAUAUUAGAAAAAUACUGUACACAUAAUAAACAUGAUUAUUAUGUUUUAAGCCUAGAGUAUCUGGUCAGCUAACUUAUCUAAACUCUGCUUAUCAAGUUAUAAACCUAUUGCUAAAUUAUCGAAUUCGUUAAAAAACAAUCAUUUUUCUACAAAUUAACUCAAUAGACUUUAUGCAUCUAGCUAGAGCUAUGAAAUGUAACUAAACUUAAUUAUAAUUAUAUUGGUCAUUGUAGGCCUUCAUACAGACACAAUUUAACGUCAUAUUUUCA